AUGGAUGAGAAGGGCUUGAAGGGGGAUGGGGAGUCUGUUGGCCGGGACUUUGACUUGGGUCAGGUUCUUGCUGUGCAGGCGACGCCUGAAGAGGAGAGGAAAUUGUUGUGGAAACUUGAUUUUUUUUUGAUCCCAUUGAUGGGGAUUGCAUACUUCCUUCAAUUCUUGGAUAAACUUGCGCUCAGUCAAGCUACAUUGUUCGGUUUACGACAAGACUUGAACAUGCACGGCAAUGAAUACUCAUGGGCCUCUGCAAUCUUUUAUUUCGGCUAUUUCGCCUGGAGCUGGCCAAGUUCUUAUAUUAUCGUCCGUCUCCCUAUCGGAAAAUACCUCGCAGUUUCAGUAUUUCUAUGGGGUGGUGUUAUGAUGUGCCACGCAGCCUGCUCAAACUGGGCCGGGCUUAUGACAGUCCGAUUCUUCCUAGGUGUUGGAGAAGCCGCCAUUGCACCAGGCUUUACAUUGAUCAUAGGAAUGUUCUACCGACGUGAAGAACAGCCCCUCCGGCAAUCUGCCUGGUUCUUCGGAAAUUGUGUGGCACUUUUAUUCGGUGCCUUGAUCGCCUACGGCAUCGGAAACAUCAACACAAACGCCAUCGAGCACUGGAAACUAUUGUUCCUUAUCUUCGGUGCCAUCACCUCCGCCUACGGCGUUGUCCUUCUCUUCUUGCUCCCAGAUUCCCCCGCUACAGCUAUCUUCCUCAAACCACACGAGCGCGCCAUUGCCGUAAAGCGAACAUUGAAAAAUAAGACUGGAGUCAUGGAUACUGGUGUGUUCAAGUGGUCACAGGCCGCUCAAGCCCUAACAGAUCCCCAAACCUGGUUCCUGGUUCUGUGGUCAUUCACUACCAACCUAGCGAACGGUGGUCUCACGAGUUUUACAUCGAUUAUCAUUGCCGGUUUCGGAUUCUCCGACCUCAAGGCACUGGUUAUGCAAAUGCCCCAAGGUGGUGCCCAGAUCGUUUUUCUGAUUCUUACUUCGACUGUCGCGACUUUUGUGCCAUCCUCCCGUAUUUUGGGAAUGGUUCUUAACAUCAUUGUUGCUGUUAUUGGAACUAUUCUCAUUUGGAAGCUCAAUGAUGACAAUCUAGCCGGACGAAUGGUUGGCUUGACGUUAUCUUGUGUUUUCGCUAUUAAUUUGCCUAUCUCGUUGAGUAUUGUUACCUCGAAUGUGGCUGGUUUCUCCAAGAAGAGUGUCACGGGUUCGUUGAUUUUCAUCGCGUACUGUGUUGGGAAUAUUGUUGGUCCUCAGUUUUUCCUGUCUUCGGAGGAGCCCGCAUACCCGACUGGAAUCAAAGCUUCUAUGUCAGGAUUGGUACUAAGCAUCUUCUUCCUCCUGUGCUUGUAUUUCUACUAUACGUACGAGAAUCGUCGGCGGGACAAGCUCUAUGGACCUCCUGAGGAGAUUACCGUGGAUGCUGAGUUGCAGGAUGAACUUUCUAACAAGACGGAUCGCGAGAUUGAGAGUUUCAGAUAUCUUCUAUGA